UCAAAGGAUGGCAGCAUUUCUGAAAUCCCUUCGGAAUCUGAAGAAUGAGAUCGUUCUAUUCUCUUCCCCGUUACUUCUUCUCCCGCUGCCUUUAGUCAUUGGAACAAAGGAGGCAGAAUGUGCCUAUGUGAUCAUCCUGAUGGCAGUGUACUGGUGUACAGAGGCCUUACCGCUGGCUGUCACUGCCCUGCUCCCUGCUGUCCUCUUCCCCAUGUUUGGCAUCAUGCAGUCCAAAGACGUAAGCCUUUAUUGCAAGCCAGACAGUAUUGGUAGAUGUUUGCAUGUGCAUACACAAAUGCACCGUGGACCCAUGAGUCACUUAUCUGUGUGUGUCUUCCAGGUGUGUAUGCAGUACCUGAAGGACACCAACAUGUUGUUUGUGGGAGGACUGAUGGUGGCGGUGGCAGUGGAGCACUGGAACCUGCACAAACGCAUUGCCCUCCGAGUGCUGCUCUUUGUAGGGGUGCGCCCCGCUCUUCUGAUGCUGGGCUUCAUGGGGGUGACAGCCUUCCUGUCCAUGUGGAUCAGUAACACAGCCACCACAGCCAUGAUGGUGCCCAUCGUCCAGGCUGUUCUGGAGCAGCUCAACAACUACACAGAGACUGAGAUGCCUGUGAUCCUCAGUACUGAGGAGAACCCCCAACCUCAGGACCCCACUGACAGCAAACAGACAAAGAAACAGGCAGAGGGACAUGAUCCACUUGUGGAGGCUAUCCGGCGUAAGGAAGCUGCAGACAAGAAGAAGAUGUGUAAGGGCAUGACACUGUGUGUCUGCUAUGCAGCCAGUAUCGGGGGCACUGCCACCCUCACAGGGACUGGCCCCAAUCUGGUGCUCAAGGGACAGAUGAACCAACUGUUUCCUAACAAUGGAGAUGUCAUCAAUUUUGCGUCCUGGUUCGGCUUUGCUUUCCCCAACAUGAUCCUGAUGCUGAUCCUGGCUUGGCUCUGGCUGCAGUUUGUCUUCAUGGGAUUCAAUUUUAAGAAGACGUGGGGCUGUGGGGCAGUGAAGACAGAGAAAGAGAUAGCUGUGUACAAUGUGAUCAAGGAGCAGCAUCGUCAGCUGGGCUCCAUGUCUUUUGGAGAGCUGAGUGUGCUGGGUCUGUUCAGUUGUCUGGUGGUUCUGUGGUUCACCAGAGAUCCUGGCUUCGUGGCAGGCUGGGCCACAUACAUCUUCAACGCUGACGCAGAAUAUGUAACUGAUGCCACAGUGGCAGUGUUCAUCGCUGUCCUUCUCUUCGUCCUGCCUUCUAAGCCCCCACAGCAUCAGCACCCGGCUGGCCCCACACCAGCUCUGCUGACCUGGAAGGUGGCCCAGAAGAAGUUACCCUGGAGCAUCGUUCUCCUCUUGGGGGGAGGGUUCGCCCUGGCCAAGGGCAGCGAGGAGUCAGGUCUGUCUAUGUGGAUGGGGGACCAGAUGACUCCCCUCCACACUAUCCCACCCUGGGCCAUUGCUAUUAUCCUGUGUCUGCUGAUCGCCAUCUUCACCGAGUGCACCAGUAACGUGGCCACUGCCACUCUCUUCCUACCUGUCCUCGCCUCAAUGUCCCAGUCCAUUGGAAUGAAUCCUCUGUACGUCAUGGUGCCUUGUACUCUCAGUGCCUCCUUUGCCUUCAUGCUACCUGUGGCCACACCGCCCAAUGCUAUCGUCUUCUCAUUUGGCUACCUCAAGGUUUCCGACAUGGCUAGGACAGGUAUAGUGAUGAACAUCAUCGGCAUCCUGUGCAUCACUCUGGCCAUCAAUAGCUGGGGCAGGGCCAUGUUCCACCUAGACACCUUCCCUACCUGGGCCAACACUACUGGAGUGUGAGGCCCCCGAGGGUCCCCGGGCCAGGCCAUGGGGAACACAUGGAGGGCCCCUUAUGUGCUAGAGACCUCUACUGAGAAAGGCAUCAACGUGACUGGUCGUGUUAGUGUGUUGGGUGUUGGGAGAAAAGCCACGUAGCUUCCUACGAAGGACACUUGAAUCACCCUGUGGAAAGAACGAUGGAUGGAUGGGUUUAACUGGAGAGAAGAAUGAUGAAGGGUGGAAAGUAUCACUACUGUACUUUUAAUGCUGUAAUGUGUUAUACAGAAUGUCCAGUCCUAUUCAAAAUGCCCAAGCAUUAUCUCUAUCAAAUCAAUUAAAUGUAUUCAUAAAGCCCUUUUUACAUCAGCCGAUGUCACAAAGUGCUGUACAGAAACCCAGCCUAAAACCCAAAAAGCAAGCAAUGCAGAUGUAGAAGCACGGUGGCUAGAAAAAACUCACUAGAAAGGCAGGAACCUAGAAAGAAACCUAGAGAGGAACCAGGCUCUGAGGGGUGGCCAAUCCUCUUCUGGCUGUGCCGGGUGGAGAUUAUAACAGAACAUGGCCAAGAUGUUCAAACGUUCAUAGAUGACCAGCAGGGUCAAAUAAUAAUAAUAAUCACAGUUGUUGUAGAGGGUGCAACAGGUCAGCACCUCAAGAGUAAAUGUCAGUGAACAUGUUCUCAACUUCUCACUCUCAGACGUAGUUUCUGUCUCAUAUUUGUUUGUCUGUUUAUAUCUCAAGACUCAGAGUUGCUUAAAAUCCAUUUGUGGUUGACUGUUUUUGAUUAACUUUUCCUUUGCACAAAAUAGCUUCUGAACUACACUACAUGCCCAAAAGUAUGUAAACAAGUAUCCCCCCCCCCCCUUAAAAGAGUUAGAUGCACUAUUGUAAAGUGGUUGUUCCACUGGAUAUCAUAAGGUGAAUGCACCAAUUUGUAAGUCGCUCUGGAUAAGAGCGUCUGCUAAAUGACUUAAAUGUAAAUGUAAUGUAAAUGUAAUGUAAAUGUAAUGUAAAUGUAAUGUAAAUGUAAACACCUGAACACACUGCCUGGCUCGCAGUAGGCGUUCCAAUUCAUCCCAAAAGUGUUAGAUGGGGUUGAGAUCAGGGCUCUGUACAGACCAGUGAAGUUCUUCAACACCGAUCUCGACAAAACAUUUCUGGGGCAUUGUCAUGCUGAAACACGAAAGGUCCUUCCCCAAACUUUUGCCACAAAGUUGGAAGCACAGAAUCAACUAGAAUGUCAUUGUAUGCUGGUGCGUUAAUAGUUCCCUUCACUGGAACUAAGGGGCCUAACCCGAACCAUGAAAAACAGCCCCAGACCAUUAUUCCUCCUCCACCAAACUUCACAGUUGGCACUAUGCAUUUGGGCAGGUAGCGUUCUCCUGGCAUCGGCCAAACCCAGAUUAGUCUGUCAGUCUGCCAGAUGGUGAAGCAUGAUUCAUCACUCCAGAAACGCGUUUUCACUGCUCCAGAGUCCAAUGGCGGUGAGCUUUACAACACUCCAGCCAACGCUUGGCAUAGCACAUGGUGAUCUUAGGUUUGUGUGUGGCUGCUCUGCCAUGGAAACCCAUUUUGUUAAGUCUCCCGACGAACAGUUAUUGUGCUAACAUUGCUUCUAAAGGCAGUUUGGAACUCGGUAGUGAGUGUUGCAACCGAGGACAGACAAUUUGUACUCACUACACGGUUCAGCACUCGGCGGUCCCGUUCUGUGAGCUUGUGUGGCCUACCACUUUGUGGCUGAGCAGUUGCUCCUAGAAGUUUCCACGGGGAGGCAGGUAGCCUAGUGGUUAGAGUUUGAGUGUUGGACUUGUAACCGAAAGGUCUGUCGUUCUGCCCCUGAACAAGGCAGUUAACCCACUGUUCCUAGGCCGUCAUUGAAAAUAGGAAUUUGUUCUUAACUGACUUGCCUAGUUAAAUAAAGGUAAAAUACAUUUUAAAAACUUCACAAUAACAGCACUUACAGUUGACUGGGGCAGCUCUAGCGGGGCAGACAUUUGACGAACUGACUUGUUGGACAGGUGGCAUCCGAUGACGGUGUCAUGUUGAAAGCCUCUGAGCUCUUCAGUACGGCCAAUCUACUGCCAAUGUUUGUCUAUGGAGAUUGAAUGGCUGUGUGCUCGAGUUUAUACACCUGUCACCAACAGGUGUGACUGAAAUAGCCAAAUCCACUAAUUUGAAGGGGUGUCCACAUACCUUUGUAUAUAUAGUGUAUGUUUCCAUGACCAAACAAUGUAUGUCAUCUUCUCUUUUUGCUAAUGUAUAAGUCUUAGUCUUAGAUUAACUUGUUUUGAUUUUGCUAGUACUCAAUGGUGAAACAUGGUGCAUUGUACUUGAACUUUGAAUACUGUAUGACUGUACAACUUGAGAUGCCUCUGUACAUACUUUUUCUAAACUUUAACCGUUGGGGCUGGAAAAUGCAAACAUAUUGAAAAGUCAGAUAUGUGAAUACACUGUACAAUGUUAUUUACUGUGUGCUGACGCGUUGAUGUUUCUCAUUUGUUAUAACAGUAAUAUGUGUAUUUCAAUACUUUUUAAUUUAAUUAUUGUAGUAUUAUCUUGAUCAAAAGUUGUAUAUUCAUGAGAUGUAAUAUAGUUUAUAGUGUAUUGUAUAUGGAGUUUGCUACUGCACACUGAAAUGGCCAAAAUGGAAAGGAAAUGUCUGGGCUGCUUGCAUGUACAGUCAGAGAUGGGCAAAAAAUACAAGAUACAAUUACAAAAUGUCAUAAAGAUCAAUAUAUCAAAAAUAAACUACAAAAUACUUGUAUUUUGAAAUGUAUUUAAUUCAAAUAUACAGAAAUACAUUUGCAAGGAGUCUGCCCGAACAGCAACAACAUUCUCAGCAAUGGUUACAGAUACGUUUUCCUUGCUAUGACUGUGAUGAGUUGUUGUUUAUCUUAGUUGAAUGCACUGACUGUAUAUGUGAAAAUGCACAUACCAAAAUGAACUGCAAAGCACACUGGGUAUUGUUAUUGGCCUUGUUUCAGGGUCAUGUCUAGAUGGGAUACAGCUUAACCUAAUUAUCCUAACCUGCUAUGUAAGUUCUCCUAAACCUGCUACGAAAAGUCUGUUCAUGUAGUUAAUUUAGCAGAUGCUUUUAUCACACCAUAUUUCUGUCAGACUUCUGAUACCAAUGCAAGGUGAAAGGGAGCCACAAAAUGGUGAACCACUAUAAAAAAGGAAAACACAAAUUACAGCUCUUGAAAGUAUCUUGUAACAGAAUACAUUGGAGUGUAGUUCAGCCCAUUGUAAUACAAAUGACAAAAUACAUCUCUGUGUACAGUGCCUUACAGGUUCAUGCAAUCAUGUAUACAGAUUUCACUGGUUUGAUACACUGUUGCAAACUGAUCGUGUGAAAUAAAUACA